AUGCUGAUGAACAACACAAACCAAACGGAGGACAACCUCUUCUCCUGCUACAGUCCUUCAGUUGUAGGCUACCGGUACUUUGCUGUGCUGUGGGGUUGUGCUGUGACCAUCACUGGUACGGUGGGGAACCUGAUGACCAUUCUAGCCUUCGCCUUUGACGCACGUCUGAGGAUUCAUUUCAAUGUGCUAAUUGUCAACCUGGCUGUAGCUGAUCUCCUGUACUGCACCAUACUGCAGCCCAUCUCAGUCGACUCCUAUCUACACCUCAGAUGGCGCAGUGGUGAGCUCUGGUGCAGAGUGUUCGGGCUGCUCCUCCUCCUCUCCAACUCUGUCUCCAUUAUCACCCUGUGCUUGGUGGCAGUGAGCAGAUAUCUCCUGGUUGCCAAACGGGCUGUGUUUGAUCGUGUCUUCUCUGACCAAGGUCUUACUUUACUCCUGAUCUCAGCCUGGGCACUAGGUCUGGCCAGCUGUGGCCCGUUCUGGUCUUUUUAUAAAUUUGUGCCACAGGUGUGCACAUGUAGCUUCCAUCGCACUGAAGGUCAGCCCUACACCACCAUCCUGCUCUUUAUCUACUUCUUUGUCAGCCUGGGCUGUGUUGGUACGUUCUACCUGCUCAUUUACAAACAUGUCCAGAUUGCCUCACUAGCUCUGCUUCGCUACAGGCUCAGCCGCCGCUCAUCCAGGAAGAAGCCAGCUUCUUCAGUACAACAGACUGAUGAAAGUGGUGUGGAGAGUGGCAUGGCCAACACAUCUUGCUGUGAAAUGAGCAGCCAGGCAGAUCUAGCCCAAAAUAAGGGGGAAGUCACCCCAAAAAAGUCCCCUCAAUCUACUCAGAGCUCUGCCACAGCCUUAAAUUCAUCAGCAGCCAACAAGCCUCCCCCUGAUAUUGUCCCUGCACCUUCAUCCCCACCUGCCUCAACCACUGCAGCAUCUUCAUCCAACUUGACAGCUUCUGGACCUCAAAAGGAAAUAAAACAUGUGACUCGUAUGUGUUUAAUGGUUUUUCUGUGCUUCAUGCUGUGUUUUGUCCCAUUCAUGUUGCUCAACGUAGCUGACGGACAAAACCGUGCCCCGCAGGUAUUGCACAUGUUCUGUGCAAACCUCACCUGGCUCAACAGCUGCAUCAACCCUGUGCUCUACGCUGUCAUGAAUCGACAGUUUCGGCAGGCCUACCAUCUUCUGAUCACCAGGGCUGCUGCACACUUCACCUGCCUCUGGACCCAGUAGCUCCAGAAACUUGCAGGAUGUGCUAAUAUAAGACCUUAUAUGCUAAUGAAAUAAGAAGAGGAGGAAUAAGUUAUGUAGUUUGUGCCAGUGACUCUGUAUGUGCACAGGUACACUUGGUGGUUUGAGCUAAAUCCUAAUGUAGCACAGUGACAAUACUAACCUGCAAGUACAGUGUUAACCAUGUUAUCAUCAUCUUAGUUGAGUUUAUUAGCAUGUUAACAUUUGCUAUCUAGGACUAAACACAAAGUAAAGUUAAGGUUGAUGGGAAUGUCAUUAGUUUUGCAGAUAUUUAGUCACAAACCAAAGUAUUUGACUGAUUUUGACCUAAUGGUACUAGAGGAGAACUCAAGGGAUCAUCAAAGUUAUUACAAUUCAUCCAGAGAUAAAGCUGAAUGUCUGCACUAAAUUUCACUGUAAUCCAUUAAACAAUUGUCAUUUUGUAGAAUAUAUACAGAACAAAAACUUCAACCCCAUGAUGGCAUCUGAGGCAAAAUCAUUAACAUUAAAUGUUUCAGCCAGUAUGUCAGUCAGUUUCAGGAGAUCAGACUGAAUGACUAAUUGACAUUGCUGUCCCAAUGUCCCACUGGUGUGGCUGAGAAGGUGAAAACUGGGUAGAAAAUAAGGGAUAUAGAAGAAAACUGACAUAGAGGAGUAAAGUGCUACAAGCCCCUCGGAUGGUCUUUAACUUCAACUACAACUAAGGAAUUGAGAUUAUGUGAUGAAUUAAAAAUGUUAAACUUUCAAAAUUUUGCUCAGUAUGCUCAUUUACUCUAGGUUACAGUAAUGUCUAUUGUAUAUGUGGAAAUGGUACCUUGACAUAUGUUACCAGAUAAAGUUUAUGGUCACACUGUUACAUAUAAUGAACUGCUCACAACAGAGAUAAGGAAUACAGAUU